AUGGCAGGAUCGGAUUCUCAAUUCGAGCAGGGACACACCGUCCCCAUCUCCCACCAAUCUGCCCCAGGAAAACAACACGAAAUGGCCGGCCAGUCCCCCGUCAAUGACCAGCUGCCCACCUCCUCUGGCGGCUACCAGCCCUACCGCGCAGCCUCCAAGCUCGCUGGCAAGAAAGCCCUGAUUACCGGCGGCGACUCGGGCAUCGGGCGUGCUGUGGCCAUCCUGUACGCUAUGGAGGGCGCAGAGAGCACCAUUGUGUAUACACCAGAGGAGGAGAAGGAUGCGCAGGAUACGAAGAAGCUAGUUAGUGAGAAGGGAGGAAAGAUCCACCUGAUACAGGCGGAUCUGCGGGAGGCAAGCAAGUGUAAGAGUGUGGUUGAGGAGGCGGUCAAGAACAUGGGGGGCGUCAACGUGCUGGUGCUUAAUCACGGAUACCAAAUGAUGAAGGAGACAAUUGGCGAGCUGAGCGAAGAGCAAUGGCUCAAAACCUUCGACACGAACAUCCAUCCCUUCUUCUACCUCUCCAAGUACGCCCUUCCGCACAUGUCUCGCGGCGACACAAUCAUCACCUGCGCCUCCGUGAACCCGUACAUCGGCCGCCCGGACCUCCUCGACUACACCUCCACCAAAGGCGCCAUCGUAGCCUUCACCCGGGCCCUUUCCAACCAGCAGCUCUCCAACGGCAUCCGCGUCAACGCAGUCUGCCCCGGCCCCAUCUGGACCCCUCUCAUCCCGGCGACCAUGAACGAAAAGGCGCAGAAGGAAUUUACGAGUCCGAUGGGUCGGCCCGGACAGCCAAGCGAGGUUGCGACGUGCUUUGUGUUCUUGGCGAGCGCGGAUAGCAGUUUUAUUUCCGGGCAGAGCCUGCACCCUAAUGGUGGUGUUAUCGUUGGAUCGUAG